AUGAGUUUAGACACACUUUUUCAACAAAUCCUUCUAACAGAGCAACAGCUAGCUGAACAGACUCAGAAAUUCAAAGAUGUUAAAAUAGCCAUCAUCAGAUGCAAUGAGAAGAUCAAGAGUGCCACUGAAAAGUAUGAAAAGACCAAUGAGGGGCUUGAUCAGAAGGUUCAGCAGUUGUCUGUGAUGAAGCUGCAGCACAAUCUGACAAGAAAACGUGAAGAGCAGCUGUUGAAGCAAAUCGAGGAGCUGCUCUAUCAGAAAAGCCACCACGAGGAAAGUCUGGCCAAGAUAAAGAGAGAGUCUAAAGAAGAAGAGGAAAACUUCCUUCAAGAGAUCUCAAGGUUCAACAGAGACUUCAGUCUUCGGGGGAACAGAGAGACAGUGUUCGAGAGCCAAACGCACACUGAGCUCGUGGACCUGGAGAGGGAGGUGGAAUCGUUAUACAAAGAGAUGGAGUCGAUGAGCCGCAGGAACAGUCGCUUGAGCUGCAUAGAGGAGGAGAAACGAGUGCUUCUACUUGAACUAAAGGGGCUGGAUGACAUGCAGAAAGACUUGGAUUGGCAGCUGAGUGAAGCCAAAGCAGUGACAGAAUCUCUGAGAUCGGAGAGCCUGUUUGUCAGUCAGAAACCUCUAACUGACAGCACCUGUCUGCGGUGA